AUGCAAACUAUUUUUUAAAUUUAGUUUUCAAACAAGUAAGAAGAUAAAAAUAAUAAUAAGUUUUUAAAAUUUGGUGCGAAAUAAUUCAAGAGUGGUUUCUAAUUAGACGAUUUGAAUGAAAUAAUUUAAGUAAGCAAGUAAAUAGCUAAAUGA